AUGUACUCCCCACCUUACUCGAUCGGCGGGCACCGCAGUAUAUCCCAUGAGAACCGUUCUGUUUCCCGCGAGAAUCGUUCCGUCGCUCGCCAGAUCACCCGCGAACUCUCACAAGACGGUAACCACAGAACUCCUCGCAACAUGUCCCACGGCACCUCCCACAGAAGCUCCUCGCAGUCUUACGGCAACUCCAAAGAUGCUUCGCGCAGCGACCCCCGCAGGCGAUCCCACAGUAUCUCCCACCAGGUCUCCCGCACAAUAUCUCACGAUCCUACCUGCGACAUCUGCAACGAUGCCACGUCUUGCGAUAAGUGCAGACAAGGUUCCGUUGGCACUUCUCACAGCUCCUCCUCCGACAUAUCCCGAACUUUCUCCCACACCAUGCCGCAGAGCACCUCCUACACCACCUAUAGCGGCGGUGACUCGCGCAUCGGCUCGGGGGACUUUUCCAAGAGCUUCUCUCAGAGCCUUCUCUACGGCGGCUCCUCGCACAAGGACCAUGGGGGUUCCUCCAACGAUAACUCGAACGCGAUGACUGAGAGCUAUUCACGCGACUUCCCACAGAGCACCUCUUACGCCACUCGCAGCGGUGACUCCCAUCACGACUCAACCGACUUCUCUCAGGGCGGACGUCAUAGCUUCCUUCAGAGCUUCCACAGAUCAUCUUAUGACGGCCACGGAGAUGUUCCCAAGGCAUUGAAUUAUGCUCCCAAGAACUCAUCGCACAUGGUUUCGGAGAGCUUUUCGCCCGAUCUACCUCAGAGUCCCUCCUGGGAGAUUCGGACCGACGUCAAUCGUCAUGGCUCUGGCAACAACGACACUUCUCAUGAAGCCUGCUGUGAUAUUUGCAGCGGAGGUUCCAGCAGUUCCUCUAAUGAGGCAUCGAACCAAGUCUCUCACGUCUCCCGCAAUGGCGGCGGGGGUGGCGAGGGCGGCGGGGGCGGCUUCUACGAGGACUGGAGUAGUCACUCUCAUCGCCCGCAAAGCCCAACUCACGACAGGGCUCACAACAUCUCUGGGAUCAUCGUCGGGGAUAGAUCAAACAAGGUGACCGGAGACGCACCCAAGCACAAGACCAGGGAUAUCGACGGACCCAUGGGCAACACAUCCGGCAGAGUUUCCACCACAACGCACACUACCUCCAACAACGUGCCGCCCAAUGUUUCUGGCAAUACCUCUACCCAUGAUCACACUACUAGACAUGAUGGUCCCCAUGGAGCUUCAAGAGAAGUCACCAACAACAACUCCCGCGAGCAGACCACUGGAAGCCAUGUUGUCAACCACACUCACGAGCAUAGGCCCGCUCCAAAGGGGUUCCUCCAAGGCAUUACCGAGGAUAGCGAAAGUAUCAGAAGUCACAGUAAUGGGUCUCACACCCAUCACCAUUCUAAGCAUGACCAUAGAGGUGGCGGUCACACCGUUGUCUCUCGGAACCACGGCUCUGAGCGCGACGACACAGUCAGGAGUCACAACAGCGUCCCGAGCAGCAACUCCCACGAGCAUGGUCAUGGUCACAACCAUGGCAGCCACACCAUCACCAAUAACAGUUCUGGGCAUAAUGAUACAACCAAGACUCACAACGACAUUCCCGGAAACAACCUUAGCUCUGGACAUCGGCAUAACCACGGCGGCCACACUAUCAUCAACAACAGCUCGUCGCAUAAUGACACGACUAGGAGCUACAAUAACGUCCCUAACAACAACUCCGGCUCUGAUGGGCAUAACCAUAGCUACAAUAACACUACUACCAGCUCGGGGGGUAAGGACACAACCAAGACCCAUCACAAUGUUCCGGGCAACAACCCAAGCCCUGAACAUGGUCACGGUGGCCACACAGUCAUCACCAACAGCUCUGGGGGUAAGGAUAGACCGAGAAGUUAUCAAAUUGCCCCGGGAACCACCUCCAGCUCAGAUCAUGAGCACAACCGCGGCGGCACCACCACCAUUGCCACCAGCUCUGGGCAUCCCAAAAAUACAGGAAGCCACACGGGCAUCACCGGAGAUACCCCCCACUCCGGGAAGCAUCAUCAUACCCCAAGCACAGGUCUCAAUGGCCAUCCUACUCAUCUCGACAAGUACCUCCUCAACCAUCGACUUCAUACCCUUCCACUUCUCAAGGAAUACCUUCUCAACCGUUGGAUUCUCAACCUCCAACUUUCCAAGUACCAUCGUCUCAGGCGCCCCCUCAGGCAGUCACCAUGCAAAGAUCAACAGGACCUCCACCUCAAGGACCGCCCCAAGAGCCUCCUACACAGCCUCCAGCUUCUCGAGGGCAGCCCCAAGGGCCUCCACCCCAAGGAACCUCCUCCCACUACGUCCCUGAGAAGGAUCACUUCAACAGCCCAACAUUCAGCGAGCCCAGCCAUAACCACGGGGAGUCAGACGAGCAUCGACGAGUCGGGAACCUCAAGAGAACGCUACUGGUAUGGGUUGGCCGGUCCCACCAGGGUCCGCCUGAGCCCCAAAGGCGUCGAGGUUUUUCUUUUGUUUGCCUUCAAAAUCUAUGAGAUCUUCGUCAUUCUCUCGCUUUCGGCUAUGGCCAUCAGCAUGUUCCGCCGACGACUGAUUGGCGGCGGCGUGCGUCUAGGUUUUCUCACCGGGGCCUACCGCGUCGGUGACUUUCGCUACAUCUUCUCAUUACCGUUCUGGCGCCACGGCUUCCUCAGCCUCUCCUUUUGGGAGAUGAUGCUUGCCCUCUUCGUCCUCUUCGCAACCAUUUUCAGCCUCCUCUUAUUGCCCGCCGCAGGGGCCUUGCUUCUCCCGUCACUCCAGUGGUAUGGGAUGAACCACAACAAGGCUUUCGGAGGCGUCAGCGCACCGCUCCUGUACCAGACUCAGCCCGACCAGGUAUGGCCGACGCUCUUCACCGACGGGGCGCCAUGGAACAACACGCCGGUCUGCGUCGAGGCUGAGGGUAUCUACAACGCCGCCUGUCCCGCCGGCGGAUUCACCACGGUCUGGAACUGGGCCAAGGGCUACUCCACGACCGGCCUGCAGAACACCGUUACCUUCUCCAGUCCCUCGACGAAUCUCAGCCGUCAGUUGAUGAUCACCGAGUUGACCGCCGAUCCUGACACGCGGGAUCCGCCCGUCUUGUCGACUACCCCGUCCCACCACUUCAACAUCAACUUCGGCCUGGUCAAGAACUACAUCGAGAAUGGAAACACAAUCACUGAAGAUGACUCUCAAUAUCGCCUCAACACCCGACGAGUCAACGCCCAGAACCCGGAUUCGAGCAGCCCCAUCUACCAACCCUUCAUCCAGUCGCUAUGCAACGUCGUUCCCAAGUCAGACGUCAUCGCCAACAACGGCUCGCUGGUGUACCCACUAUCAUCCCUCAACUGCUUCGGCGACGCCACCUGUCUGCAGAUGAAGCGAGCAUCCCCGGCCCGCUCCCUCGACGUGUCCGCAUGGGACUCGGAAGAAUGCCACCUCCAGCUCAUCACCACCGACUUCUUUGUCUUCCAGAACGGCACGCCCAUCAUUGAGGUCGCGGGCCAGCUCCCCGAUGUCAACGGCGAUUACAGAAAAGACCGGCUCUUCGCGUGCACCAUGCUAGCAACCUGGGUUGCCGCCGAGGUCUCGACCGACUCGAGCGAGUGCGGCGCGCUGGUGUCUGACCUGAACGACCCCGAGACCAUGAUCGAGACCUACCAAAAAACGUCUUUCAGCGGAAACUCGGAGGAGUACGUGAUGAAGUUUGACCCGAGCUGGUUUCAGUACCUCUCCCCAGUCUCCUUCGCAUCAUCCGUCGCGUUCAACGGCUCCGAUGCGCUGCGGUACUACAACCCGCCAGAGAGUCUCGUGCGAAACUUCGUAGAUGCAGAGGUCGCGCAGAACAUCACGAACCCCAGGAUCACCAACAGCACCAUCGACUCCGCGCGCGCCGAGGUGUUCCUCGCCAAGGUGUUCGGCGUGUACCUCACCGAUGCCAUCGCACGUACCGGCUCGAGCAGCACGGCACUGAUACGCUCGGAGUCGGGCCAGUCGGCGAACCAACUCCCGGUGGUCAACUCCAACGUCCAGUCAAACGUCCAUUUCAGCAUCAAAGGAGGCACCCCCGCCAACGAGACCACCGGGCCGACGGUCGUGAAACACAUCACCGCCCGCGCCGCGCAAGACGACCUCCUCUCCGAAUCGAUGGGCUUCGACUUUGGCGUCGAGAGGUACGGCUGGGGCACCGGCAAGCCGUCGAGGGCGCUGGAGUUCGGCAAAGCUAUCUUAUACAUGUACUUUGCCGUCCUCAUUCUGUACCUACUGACGGUCGUUGGUGGUCUUCUCUUGGAGCUGUGUGGCCUGUACCCGAACAUGCGCGUGCUGAGCAUCGUUCCCUGGUGGGAUCUGCAAGGCUUGCUUGUCCUCGCGAUGAGGACGCCGCCGCCGGGAGAUGGAUAA